AUUUUAUAUCCGGUAUAUUCGAUAUUAUUCCGGUUUUACCCGGAACGGUACUCUGAUUUUGCCGACACGGUUUUUUGACAAAAAAUAUAUUUUAUUAUUACAAAAACGGUAUUUACCGGUACAAAACGGUUCAACCACGGUCGUACCACAAAAUACCAUACCAGAAAGGAAUCCGGUAUGAUGUCCGGUACGGUUUCCUUUACCAUGGUUUUACCCUUUUCCACAUAGCAUCGACCAAUUGUGCUCUUGGUGAAUAUACUUUCUCUGAAAUCAAACCAUGACCUGUAGUGAGAAAUCCUGGUGGGUAUAUCUGGAGUGCCUCUGUGAACUCAGUGAUGCUCAUCUGUCUCGCCUGUCCUCCAAGGCGAAAAGUUAUGUUGUCUUCGGGCUUGUCGAGGUGAAAUUCGCACAUAAACUUGAUGGAGAGAGUGCUGAGGAACUCAAUGGUAAGCUCUCGGUAGAUGACCUCAUUGAUGGAGAGAACCUCACACCAUGCCGGGAGACGGAGGCAUGUGCGAACGGGUCCGCUGCUCCGAGGCGCUCUAGGAGAUCCCAAUCAAUGCAUCUUUGCUGCCCAAAUGGGAGGGGAAGGAAGCGCUCUAAAGCCCUCCUAUGUUUGUCGGGUAAUUGGAGGAAGCCGUGAAGUCCCCCUCCUCCAAGUUGAGCCUCCGUUUGUGGUGGUGGAGAUGGUUGACGUGCUCGUCCUUGGUUGUUUUUGCGUUUUCGUUUGGGGGGAGUGUCUCGUUCUUGGGUUUGGCGGCGACGACGAUAAGUAGCCUUCACUUUAGCAGGUGAGGCUGAUGGUUGCGUGGUUUUUUGUUUAGCUUUCCCCAUUCCUACAAAAACCAACUAAGCACAUUAAGUCUUUAGUGAAUGAGAGGGAAAAGAAUUAUGCAUAAGCAUAUGCAAUUCACAAAGAGACGUCUACACCCUAAAAAAAUGCAACAAACCAGGAGCAUUCUAAUCACAAUUAGGAAUUCAAAACCCUAAUUCAGACCAACCAGGAGCAUUCUAAUCCCAGGAGCAUUCUAAUCACAAUUAGGAAUUCAAAACCCUAUAAACAGAACAAUAACAU